CCGAGCACUGAUCUGAUCAGCGCCGAUCGUGCCCUCUCUGAUCAGCACAAGCUUGCGCGUGCCACUAACCAGCGACUUGGAGUUGCGUCUGCUGCACUGAUAUGCUCUUGCUGCUGUCGUGCACGAGCUUAUCCUCUCUCCUGGGCGGCGGCGCUCCUUCACGCACGCUCGCAAAGUUUCGCAGUCCAGCGGUGACGCAGCCGCAGGUGCAGCAGGAGGAGCGGCGUCCCUUCGCGACGACCCCUGAUUCGCGGGUCUGGGUCGAGGGCAGGGACCUCGUCUUCGCCAGCGGAGAGCAGCAGCACGUCCUCCUCCAAGGCGUCUCAAAGUCUCUGAAUGGCGCCGCCUCUCCUCCGGGCUUCUUCUCGCUCUCGACAAAGCGGCAGAGGUCCAAGCACGAGGUCUCCCUCGGCGUGCUGCGGUGCGACCGACUGCUGAGCGCCGCCCGCACCAAGCGCUGGUGGAUGGGGCCGAGCUUCGGCUCCGGCGCCGCAGACGUGCCUGGCGAGACCCAGUUCCUGCUCUGCGAGGUUGGGAGCGCUUACGCUCUGCUGCUGCCGCUCGUGGAAGGCGGGUUCCGGUGCACGCUGAGCGGGUCGGGCUCCGGCCUCAAGCUGCUCAGCGAGAGCGGCGACGCUCGCGUCCGGACGAGCGAAGUAUCCAACGCCCUCUACGUCGGCGUCGGAGACGACCCGUUCACGCUCGUCGCCGAGAGCAUGGCGGCGGUGGCGGAGCGGCUGGGCACCUUCCAGGUCAAGGCGGCGAAGCGGCCGCCCGCCGACCGCCACCUCUUCGGCUGGUGCACUUGGGACGCCUUUUACCAGAGCGUCGACCCCGCCGGGAUCCAGGCUGGUCUCCGCUCGCUCAGUGGCGGAGGAGCGCCGCCUCGGAUGCUCAUCAUCGACGACGGGUGGCAGACGGUGGCGGACGACCCGGGGAGGGCGAGCGGCGGCGCGGGAGGCGGGUCCGCCGGUGGCGCGUCUGCGGUGGACGCGGCGGCGUCGAGCGGGCUGGCGGCGGGAGAGGCGGCGAGCGAGGCGGCGGCGGGCGGCGCGGCGGCGGCCGGCGCGGCGGCGGGGGAUGACUACGUGGCGGGCGACGAGAGCACCCUCAACAACCCGACCCUCGCCAACGACACGAACGCCGUCGUCGAUUGGGUGUGCAACUGGUACCGCGACCAUGUCGACGGCGCCGACCGGGGCGCGAUCGCCGUGCGGCUGUGGCGAGGUCUCGCUCUCACACUUCUGCGGCCGACGCUCCAGAGCUUCUUCGCAGAGCAGACCACCUUCUCGAAGCGCCUCUCCGCCUUCCGCGCAAACGGAAAGUUCGAGGACCCGUCCGCCGGCCGCAGCCUCCGCUCCUUUGUGCAGUCGCUGCGAGGCGAGUUUGGGCCGCUGCGCGUGUACUGCUGGCGAGAUGUAGCCGAGAUAGCAGCCGAGAUAGAGAUCUCAGAGCGCAUCCACUCGUACCUCGCCGAGAGCGGCGUCGACGGCGUCAAGGUGGACGCGCAGUCGGGGCUCGGCCCGCUCGGGUGCGGGUUCGGGGGAGGGCCUCGAGUCGUGUCGCGCCACGUCGGCGCGAAGCGGCGUCGGUAUGGCGGGCCGAGUGGAAGGAGCACCGAGUCCGAGGAGUGGUACCACUACCGCGAGACCUCGCUCCUCCGCGCGGCAGACGACUUUUACCCGGACGAGCCGGCGGCCCAGCCCGUGCACUUGGCGCACGUGUCGUACAACUCGCUCUUCCUCGGCGAGAUAGGCCACGUCGACUGGGACAUGUUCACGUCGACACACUCCGAUGCGCACAUGCACGCGGCGGCGCGCGCGGUGGGCGGUUGUCCAAUCUACGUCUCGGACCAGCCCGGGGAGCACGACUUCGACUUGCUGCGCACACUCGUCCUGCCCGACGGCACGGCGCUGCUCGCGCGGCACGCGGGCAGGCCGACGCGAGACGUCCUCUUCAGCGACGUCAACGCGGACGGCGUAUCGGCGCUCAAGAUUUGGAACGAGAACGCGUGCACGGGCGUGGUCGGCGCGUUCAACGUGCAGGGCGCGCGCUGGGACCGCGCGACCCGCCGCUUCGAGCAGGCAGCGGCGGAGGAGGAGGAGGAGGAGGGCGGCGGCGCGGUGACAGCCCUCCUCCGCCCCGCUGACGUGGCUCCGUUCGGCCGCCGCGAGAUUGCGGCGGAGGAGGGGGAGGACGGGGCGAGGGGUGGCGGGGGCUCCUCCCCGGCCGCGCCUCCUCCCGCCGAGUACGCGCUGUACACGCACCGCGCAGAGGGGCUGCGCGUGCUCGGGGCAGAGGACGCGGUCGAGGUGCGGCUGGCGGCGAGGGAGUGGGAGAUCGUAGUCGUCGCCCCCGUCCGCGCGGAGGGGGAGGUGCGGUGGGCGCCGCUCGGCCUGCUCGACAUGCUCAACGGCGGGGGCGCGGUCCUCUCCUCCUCCCUCGCCCUCUCCUCCCCUCCAGGAGAGGCGGCUGCCACCGCAGUGGUGCGGGCGGCUGGCCGGAUCGGCGCCUUUGCGCGGCCGGCGCCGCUCGAGGUGUGCGUGGACGGCUCGCCCGUCCGCUUCGAGUACGACGAGGGGAGCGGCUUGCUGACCGUGAACGUCGCCGCGGACGGCGCCGAGGUCGAGCCGCUCGAGCUCCGCGCGCGCUGGGGGCCUCCGGCGGAAGAGGAGGAGGAGGAGCAACAGUCGUGAGCCCCCGGCUGAGGGCUUCACUGACCUGAUCCACGAGUGUGGCCCACGGGUUUAUUUCCGGCGUCUCUCGCGGUGCGCGCGAGGGGAGAGCCGAGACGGGAGCGGCGCGGGGUUCAUGCCAUGAGAUGCCAUGAGAUCCAUGUCCAUGCUGGACACAUUCUGCGACAGAAAGAUGCAUGUGAAGCGCGAGACGCGUGUCCGGCGGUGCGGCGGAGUUCUACCUUUCCGCCAUUUAUUGUUGUGCUCAUGCCACUCUUCUCUUUAUGUUAUGUGCUUUGAUUUAUG